AUGGAACUUCUCGCCGGUAACUGUCGGAAACGAGUCGGCGGUGACUUUGACAAGAUGUUGACGCAUUCGAUGAGUGUGACUAGAUGUAUGGUACUAACAGUAGCCGUUCACCGAGAGAACUCAAGGAACGACGACGUUUUGGCUACGCUGGCAGGCUUGGCGUCGCCUCCUCAGAAACUCGAACCCAUCAGGUGCGUUGUUAAGCCUCUGUCAGAGGAUAAACAUCCUCUGGAUAUUCUCGCUGGAGGUCUGGACAGGCUGCCGGAGACCGCUGCUUCGAGGCUACUUUGGGAUGACGUGGAGGAAAGCGGUCAGUUGACGCGCGGGUUUGCAAAGGGUGAGCUCGAAAUGGAGAUUCAAGGUCGAGUCUCCAGAGAUGGCACGUCUUGGGAUGUUGUGUCUCUGAGCUCGUCUGUUGAUCGCGAUGAACACUCUUCCCCACCAGGGACUCUUGGAGAAGCUGGAGAGAGAAUACACAGGGAAGAAGCUUGGAGGCAACAAGAAAUUGAGAGGAUAAAAGAGACACGUAAGCAAGAGAUGCCACGCAGCUCGUCUCUCAUCUCUUUCAUCAAAAGCGUUAUUGGUGAAGAGAUCGAGAUCACUAACCUCUCUUAA